GGCAUUUUAUGAAUCUCAACAAUACUUGUGGUAAUUUAAAUGUCUUUGAAUGACUAUUUGGAUUUUCAAAAUAUUAAAGGAUUUUCCACAUUUAUCUGUUUUCGGUUUAAAUAAAUCUCGGCACUAGCUACAUUUAGCUGUUGCCAUCGCUUUAGAAUGGAAAAAGAACUCAAGCUGGAUUUGUUCUUGUGCAAAAGUCUUUUGUAUUUACUUCUGAUUACAAAUGCUACUUUCAGUAAAACGACAUGGAACGUAUGUCAAUUUAGAUCAGUUGAAUGUGUUUGCCAGAAUGUUCCAAAUAAUCAACUGAAAGUUGAUUGUUCCGGAAGGCGACUCCUUAACAUUCCAACAUUUUCCUCAAGUGUAAUAUGGGUCGACUUAAGUAAUAAUCUUAUAGAAGAAAUUACCAGUGGGUUUCCAAAGAAUGUUCGCUACAUCGAUUUAUCUGCAAAUAAGAUACAACAUCUUGAUGGUCAACCAUUUCUUGGAUUAUUUCAUUUAAAAACUUUGAAUUUAGAAAGAAAUGUGCUUAAUAUAUCAUUACUAUAUCAAGGUGUAUUUUCUGAUCUUCAUUCUCUUACUGAAUUAAGUUUUAAAGGAAAUAUAAGAAACGAAAUUACAGAAACGGUCAUAAAAGACGAGGUCUUUGCAGAGCUGAGUUCAUUAAAAACUCUGAAAAUUGACGGAUCACCUAAUGCCACAUUUGGAAAAGGGUUUGCAAAUCUUACACACCUCCAAAAUCUAGAUUUGUCAGGAAUUACAGGAAAUUGCAGUUUAAAAAAAAUUUCUCGAAAUAUGUUUUUAUAUUUGACACGACUUGUCUACAUUGACGUUUCUGCUUGCAGUGUUUUGGAUAUUGAAAAAGGCACAUUUGGAAAGCUUCGUAAACUUAAACACCUUGAUGUAUCUCAUAACAGGGAACUUGGAUUUGCGUCACUUCCAAAUAUAACUCAUAAUCUAAAGGACACUUCGAUUAAAACAUUGCGCGCUAAUGGAAUAAACUGUUUGACAGGAAUGGGUACAAUGAUUUUGAAACGUCAUCUGGAGAACUUGAAACACACAAACAUAUCUGAAAUCUACUUUGAAAAGAACAGACUAGAACAACUUGAACCACAAGCACUUCGACUCUUACCCAUCAAUUUAACAUUAAUUUCUUUUGGAGAGAAUAAACUUACGACUGGAAGAUAUCUCAUAGAUUUUUCUUUUUUGCAAAAUAUACGUGUUUAUAAUAUGAGCCUGCAGCUCCGUCCACCUCCAUAUCCGGAAUCGAUAUUUGAUACUUGCAAAGAAAAAUCAGAUGUCUUAGCUGCAAAGUUUGAUGUGUCUGAAACUAAAAGAGCUCCCUUGAGCUUUCUUCCUUCCAAAAGUUGGCACCUGAAUUGGACAAUUAUUUUACCAAAAAGUCUAAAGGUUUUAUAUGCAAAUAUGAGUCGACUUUUUAGCAGAAUACCUGAAUGUGGUAUAAAUGCAACUGGCUUAAGAGAACUUUACAUACAAGACAAUUUUUUGUUUUCCUGGGACGGUCCAGUUCGGGGCAUUGAAAAUGUAGAAAUAGCCGACAUGUCAAACAAUUAUUGCUCACACAUCUCAAAAUCGUUCUUAAAUUACGCGAAAGGCGUAAAGUUCUUAAAAAUGUCAAAAAAUGAUAUUGGUAAAAGCCUGUCGAACGAUAUUGAGGGAGAAAUCUUUAGUAACACUAAAUCUUUAGAGGUUCUUGAUCUGUCGUACAAUAAUAUUAAUACUUUAUCAGAGUCAAUUUUUAAAAAUAUGCCACAAUUGCAAAUAUUAAAUUUACAAAACAAUCAAAUAUCGAUUUGGCGAGUAAAAAUAAAUCAUAUGAAAAAUAUGAAAUUCAUCAAUCUAAAACAGAACAAACUAACAACAUUUGAAAUGGACGCGCGAACGUCAUUCGAAAAUUUAUUUCAAACAUCAAACCUUAUCAUAGAUUUAUCGGAAAACCAAGUCUUAUGUUCCUGUGAAAACGCAAAUUUUCUAGAAUGGAUUAAACUUCAUAAAAAUCAUUUUAAAAACAUUAAACGCUACGAAUGUUCUUUGUCAAGUUCACAGAAAUUUAAUUUUUCCGAUGUUGAUGCUUCUUCAGUUUUGUUAAAGGAAAACUGUAAAUCAAGUCUUAUUGACUAUAUUUGUAGUGCUGUAUUAAUUGUGCUACUAUUUAGCGUCGUCAUUUACAUUCUAGUGAAAAACAAAUGGAAAUUAAAACAUGUGUUUUGUAAUGGAGGUAAUCAACAACAGGGUGGAAAUUAUGAUGCAAUGAUUUCAUAUUCAGACAAAGACUUGCCAAUUGUUCUAAAAUAUGUGGUCCCCAACUUUGAAGCUCAUGCUAAUUUGAGGUUAUUUGUCAGGCACCGUGAUGAUCCACAAGCGGGGAUGACCAUAAACGCCAUAAAGAAUUCCAUUGCAAAUAGUGGAAUAGCUGUAUGUCUUGUGACAAAAAACUACCUGAAAUCAGAAAGGCAAUGUUACGAAUUGGCCAUGAUAAGAAUGCAUAUGCAAUUACUUAUCAAUAAUCAAGGAAACCUUCUCAAUAACCAACAAAACUUUCAUUGUCGCAUCAUUGGUUUUCCAAAUGUGACUAUUCCUAAUGAAAUCUCUAAUUUGGAUAACAAUAGAAUAAACUGUCCUGUAGAAGAUGGGAAUGAUGAUCCUUUCUGGAGAACAUUGGGGAAUGCUUUGUGAUAGAAUAAAACUUGUAAACAAAAGCGACUAAUAGAAUUGAACUUGUAUUUCAACAAUUAAUUUUAUUUCAAUUCUUAUGAAUUUCUAAUGUUGAGUGAACAAUUUGUUGCAUUGAAAAAGUCUGAAACCAGAAACACAUAUAUUUAAACAUAUUGAGUUUGGUUUUUUUUGUAAAUU